AUGGCACCGUCGGAGGAGAAGGAGUACUGUUCGAAGCCCCACAAGGCGACUUACUCGUAUUCGUUCAAAUUGGAUUUCCCAUGCAGUAAUAAUGUUUCCGAAUAUGAUGCGCUGAUCCUGGGACUGAGGUUAGCAAAGGAGCUCGAUUUAGGGGUCAUAGAGGUAAAAGGCGACUCAAAACUAGUGACAAACCAAGUGAACGGCGACUUCCAUGUCAAAGAACUGCACCUGGCACCUUAUCGGGCAGAGGCUCAAAGUUUAAUAAACCAGACGGGGUCAACAUUAGACCAUACAGGCAGAAGUGGGAAUCGGCAUGCGGAUGCACUAACGACUCUAGCAAGAAAGAUGCAACUAAAUGGUGAAGAAGAGGGUACAGUCGCGGUAAGAAGAAAGGAAUUUCCCAGCACUUGGAAAGAAGAUCUAGCUUUCGAGGAAGCAGAAGAUUCGAAGCGAUUAUAUAUCGAAGACCUAACUCGGAUGGAUGAAGAUCGAGUAAUGCCCACCAAGGACUUCAAGAAAUUUGUGAUGAUCCAAGGAGCUUUAAGACUUCAGAGGCUAGAGAUAUACUGGCCAAGUAUGUUCGCGCAAGCAGCGGCUCUCCAAGAUAGUUGUGCCGACUGCCAGGCUCCACCACAGCCUGCGGAAGUCUGCACCGUUGAAGAAGUAGAUUGGAGACAACCCUACAUAGAUUUCAUCCAACAUGGAAAGUUACCCAGCGAUAGACAGGCGACUUUGAGAAUCCAAAAGAAAGGAACAUGUUUCUUCAUGCACGAAGGUGUACUCUACCGCAGAAGCUACAGCAACGCCAUGCUGCGAUGCAUGUCCGACCAAGAAGCAAUGGAAGUGAUGACUCGACCCCAUGAAGCCGAGCAUCAAGGGAUGUGGAAGUUGUUCCUACAACUUUAUAAAGGUGGAUUUUAUUGGCCAACCGUGGAGAGUGAUACCGCAGAACACGUCCGAAAAUGCCUAAGCUUCCAGAUGCACGGAACCCUGAUUCGGGCGCCUCAUACCCAAUUACACAACAUAGUAACUCCAUGGCCAUUCCACAGCUGGGGGCUGGAUAUUAUAGGGCCAAUCAACCCAACGUAUUCAAAGCACCACAAAUACAUAAUAACAGCCACCGAGUAUGCCUCAAAAUGGGUUCAAGCAAUACCCCUCAAAGACUAUGCCGGAGCAACUGUAGCCGUGUUCAUCAAAGAACAUACCAUCUACAGGUUGGGCGCGCCUAUGAUAAUCAGGGCAGACAAUGCCAGGUUGUUCGUAAACAAGGACGUGAUUGAUUUUCUUCGCCAAUACAACAUAAGACUACAUACAUCAACUCCCUACUAUCCUCAGGGGAAUGGGCAAGCAUAA